GAGACACAUUCGUUUUAAAAAAAAACCGUUUAAUUUAGGAUGUGAUUGCUUUCUUACUGUGAGGGUUUGGAUUUGGAUUAUGGCCCUAGAUCGAGGUGAUAGCGAGUACUCGCUGCAGUACUUCGAGUUCUCGCCCGAAACUUUCUUUAGAGAAUUCAGUGAACUUGUAAUGGAAGAAAUGUCGACCUUGGUUCAAACCUGCAUAACCGAGUGCGCCUCGUCCACGUGCCCUUUGGAGAAUAAGGAGCGUGUUAGCGAAAACGUGGUCAAUAUGCACAAAGAUUGGUGCGACAGCGCCGCAGGAGUGUUACAAAAAGUUGAGCCACUUAUAAAAAGUUACUUCACUAUACCCAAAAAUGUGCUAUUCGCCAGUGACAGAAUGUGCAGGCGAGUGUACACGGAGGAGGAGGUUAAGGCUUUAGAAGUGGAAGUGGCUCAUUUGGAAAAGGUGUACGCCGAUGAAUGCAGGGAAUUGGCGAGUCGGGAAAUGUGUCUAAAGAAGGCGAGAGAAUGUGAAUCGUUUCCAAAGCUGGUCGAGAGCGCGACGGCCAAGAUUGGCCCAAUUUUAAAUACAAUUGCAGACAUUCAUAGUCUUGACAACCUUUUGGAUACGUAUCGCAAGGCGAGGGAGAAAUUUUUGGAUAAUGAAGUUGAAGAAGAGGGUGACAUUUCCUUUUCGAAGCUUGAACAGUUACAUCAUUGUUCAGGAGAAUAGUGCUUAUUUUAUUAGUGUCUUGAAGCUGCAAUUGAAUCGAAGGGUUGUAAUUAUAAGCAAUAGCAUGUACAAAUUAAUCUAUUAUGUCCAUUUUGCAAGUAAUUCUAUGAAACUUUCUAAAUAUAUCCCGCCUGAAUCUGGGA